GUCAAAUUGGAGGUUACGGCUGUGCUUGGACAUGAUUAUGAAAUAAACUUUUUUUUACAUUUUACCUUGUCUAUCAAUUGUUCGGUAGUGGUAACAUAUGGAUCUUACGAAAUUUAAUUUUGUUCAUAAAGAAUAAUUCUUGAACAACCAAAUUAAACUGGAACAUAUACAAUUGAUAAAUGUAAAGAAUUUAAAAUGGGAAAGCUUUUAUCGGUCGCGGCACGACAGAUAAACCGUUUCAAUGUCGAAAAUCGCGCUCAAAAAGUGAUCUCCCAAGAUAAACCAAAGCCGGCGCCAAUGUAUAGCUCGAACCUGAAAGAUUUGCAAAGGGUGUUAGAUGAACAUCCUGAAUUGUUAAAUGAACAACGGAAGAAAAAUGAACUACUGGAGCGAAAUUUGAAACAAGUUUAUGUCACAUCAACAGAUCCGGUGGAUAUGUCUCAGAAAGAUGUAAGUAAGCCGUUACCAGCAAAUCGAGUCGCUGCGGAGGAAUUUGAAUUCGGGCAUAUGGAGCCUACUGCUGUCACAAAAGGUCACUGCACACUGCGACAGGCAAUAGAUUUCAUAGCCAAGUAUAACAGUGAUCCAAUAUUAUGGACUGUAGAUAAAAUAGUAGAAGAAUAUCGUAUGAAGGAAUCAGUUGUUCGAGAUAUAUUGGAUCAUUUCAAAACGUUUGAGUUACACCUUCCAAGUAACAAUAGAGAACUAAAAUAUUUGAAAUCUCCUACGAAUGAAACAAGACAAAUAAAAAACUGAAAUAAUCUUCGAACUAUCCUGGCUGUACUUCACUCCCCACACUUGAUCUUGAUGAUCAUUAAAUGUGUGGAGACAUUGGCGCUCAGCAACGUUCCACACUUUUACACUUUUAUCACUUGAUGAUGAAACGAAACUUCUGCCAUCACCCGAGAAUGAUACCGAUAGUACCCACGAUGAGUGUCCGGACAAUGUUCCUACCACAUCGGAAUGCACUACGUCAUACAAUUUCAUGUGACCGUCAUCAGAAGCAGUCAAUAGCAUUUGAGAAUCCGGUGAGAAACAAAGGCUUCUUACAGACAUAGCGUGACCUUCCAGGGUUUG